CGGAAGGUCGCGGCCGGCCGCUUCCCCGGAACUCGGCGCUCCCUCCGCCCCGCCCCUCCCGGCCCCGGCCCCCCUUCCGGCGCCCCGGGACACCCCCCUCAACUGCUGCGGUUGCCGGCCUGCCGCGGCGCGGGGUCGCUGAGCGCGGAGCCCCGGGGGCCCGUGAGGUUGAAUGUGAAGGAUCUUCUAGUUGCUGGCAGACGUGAUGUUUUACUGGUUGCUAUCCGUUGGCCGAAGACAGAGAGCCAGCAGAGGAUGGUGGAAAUGGUCCUCAUCAAGAAGCAGUUCAACAGCUGCUGAGGCACAUUCUGUAGCCCUACCUGCCCAGGCACAGGUGGUCAUAUGUGGCGGUGGAAUUAUGGGCACAUCUGUGGCCUAUCACCUCUCCAAGAUGGGGUGGAAGGAUAUUGUCCUUUUGGAGCAGGGCAGGUUGGCUGCUGGCUCUACGAGGUUCUGUGCUGGCAUCUUAAGCACUGCAAGGCACUCGAGUAUUGAACAGAAGAUGGCAGACUAUUCAAACAAACUCUACCACCAGUUAGAGCAAGAAACAGGAAUCCAAACAGGUUACAUAAAGACAGGUUCCAUUUUUCUGGCUCAAACUCAAGAUCGACUGAUCUCCCUGAAGCGCAUCAAUUCAAGGCUGAAUGUUAUAGGCAUUUCUUCUGAGAUCAUCUCCCCCAAGAAAGUGGCUGAACUUCACCCUCUCGUCAAUGUGCACGACCUGGUGGGGGCCAUGCAUGUUCCCGAGGAUGCAGUGGUAUCCUCCGCUGAUGUGGCUCUUGCUCUGGCAAGUGCUGCCUCCCAAAAUGGUGUUCAGAUCUAUGACCGGACAAGUGUCCUUCAUGUAAUGGUCAAAAAAGGUCAAGUUACUGGUGUGGAAACAGACAAAGGACAGAUUGAAUGCCAAUAUUUUGUCAAUUGUGCUGGUCAGUGGGCAUACGAGCUGGGUCUGUCCAACGAGGAGCCGGUUAGUAUCCCGUUACAUGCCUGCGAACACUUCUACCUUCUGACUCGCCCCUGGGAGACCCCUCUGCAGAGCAACACACCAACCAUUGUGGAUACUGAUGGAAGAAUUUAUAUUCGGAACUGGCAGGGUGGCAUCUUGUCUGGUGGCUUUGAGAAGAAUCCAAAACCAAUUUUUACUGAAGGAAAGAACCAGCUGGAGAUUCAGAAUCUGCAGGAAGACUGGGAUCACUUUGAGCCCCUGUUGAGUUCCCUCCUGCGUCGAAUGCCAGAACUGGAGAGUCUGGAGAUACUGAAGUUGGUCAACUGUCCCGAGACCUUCACCCCAGACAUGAGGUGCAUCAUGGGCGAGUCUCCCUCAGUGCACGGCUACUAUGUCCUGGCAGGAAUGAAUUCUGCUGGCCUCUCAUUUGCGGGGGGAGCUGGAAAGUACCUCGCAGAAUGGAUGGUGUAUGGUUAUCCCUCAGAAAACGUCUGGGAGUUGGACUUGAAACGUUUUGGAGCCCUCCAGAGCAGCCGCACGUUUCUGCGCCACCGGGUCAUGGAGGUCAUGCCUCUGCUGUAUGACCUGAAGGUUCCCCGUUGGGACUUCCAGACUGGGAGGCAGUUACGCACUUCUCCUCUCUAUGACCGGUUGGACGCACAAGGAGCCAGGUGGAUGGAAAAACAUGGAUUCGAGAGGCCAAAGUACUUUGUGCCACCAGACAAGGAUCUGCUUGCAUUGGAACAGAGCAAGACUUUCUAUAAGCCAGACUGGUUUGAUAUUGUAGAGUCUGAAGUCAAGUGCUGUAAGGAAGCUGUGUGUGUUAUCGACAUGUCCUCUUUCACCAAGUUUGAAAUCACAUCCACUGGGGAUCAGGCAUUAGAAAUUCUGCAGUACCUCUUCUCCAAUGACAUUGAUGUGCCUGUGGGCCACAUUGUACAUACUGGCAUGCUCAACGAGGGCGGAGGCUAUGAGAACGACUGCAGUAUAGCCCGGCUUAACAAGCGCAGUUUCUUCAUGAUUUCUCCAACUGACCAGCAGGUCCACUCUUGGGCCUGGCUUAAGAAGCACAUGCCAAAUGACAGUAACCUGCUUCUGGAGGAUGUCACAUGGAAAUAUACGGCCCUCAAUCUGAUUGGUCCUCGAGCUGUGGAUGUGCUGUCCGAAUUGUCCUAUGCCCCUAUGACUUCAGACCACUUCCCAAGUCUGUUUUGCAAGGAGAUGAGUGUGGGCUAUGCAAAUGGGAUCCGGGUGAUGAGCAUGACGCACACAGGGGAGCCGGGAUUCAUGCUCUACAUCCCUAUCGAGUAUGCACUACAUGUGUACAACGAAGUGAUGAGUGUUGGGCAGAAAUACGGAAUCCGGAAUGCUGGGUACUAUGCUCUUCGUAGUCUCCGAAUUGAGAAAUUUUUUGCCUUUUGGGGUCAGGAUUUAAAUACUCUCACCACACCCCUGGAAUGUGGACGAGAAUCUCGGGUGAAAUUGGAAAAGGGGAUGGACUUCAUUGGCCGAGAUGCCCUGUUGCAGCAGAAGCAGAAUGGGGUAUACAAACGCUUAACCAUGUUCAUCUUGGAUGACCACGACACAGACCUGGACCUCUGGCCUUGGUGGGGAGAGCCCAUUUACCGAAAUGGGCAAUAUGUUGGCAAGAUCACCAGCAGUGCCUACGGUUACACGCUGGAACGUCAUGUCUGCUUGGGCUUCGUGCAUAAUUUUUGUGAAGACACUGGGGAAGAACAAGUGGUGACCCCAGAUUUCAUCAACCGGGGCGAAUAUGAGAUUGACAUCGCAGGACACCGGUUCCAGGCCAAGGCCAAGCUCUAUCCUGUCACCUCUCUCUUUACACAUAAGCGUCGAAAGGAUGAUGAGGAACUAAGUGACUUGCAUGGGAAAUAGUGCCAGGCAAUCUCACUGCCUAUCAUCUCAUCUUAGGAGUUUCUUUCUUCUGUUUCCUUCCUUGUUGCCCACUUCUUUCAACCUUUGUCGCACAUCUUUUACCUCAUGGAUACAAUUUUAAACUUGCUAUGUCUCAUGUUUUUCCAUCUCCUGGUCCCUUUUGUCCAGUUUUUUCUUCACUCUGGGCUUUUUCCCUCUUCCCUCUGCCCCUCAGAUUCCCAUGGUGACAGAAAGCAUGUCUGCCAGGCAGGACUCCUCUUGGGGAAGUGGGUUACAAUGACAGCUGGGACUCAAAUGCUGUAUGUGAGCAAUAUGCCGAGUUCAGUGGGUUGCAAGAUGUUUGCUAUAGUCCUGAGGGUUAGGUUGUGCCUUUUAGCUUGUUCUGGUAUGCUGUGGGCACCUUGACAACUUUAGCAAGAGGAUGACCAUCUACCUCACCAAUGACAGGCAUCAUGUGGACAUUAUUAAUUUGACCCAUAGCAGAGAUAAGCAGAUAGCCAUCCUGGCUUUCCUUGCCUAAUGAGUUAAAGCCACUGCUUAUAAUUUUCUCCAUCUCAUGCUAAUCUCCAUAAAUGGUUCUGUUUGUUUAAACUGAGUAAACAAACCAGUGUUUCAAAGAGGAAAAUCACUUUGUCUUCUCUUUUACAAGGGUCUGACUUCAGAAAACCACCAUUGUUGCUGAAUUUCCUACCAUUAAAACUGCUGCUUUAGGGGCCUACCUGGGUUCAAUCUCCAACACCAAAAACAAAACACAAGUGUGUUGCUUUUACUUCAGCUAUUCAAAGCUGUUAUUUCAUUUUGAUUUUAUCACCACCACAGGAGCUCAACAGGCACUUCUCUCCUGGGCUUGCAGUCUGUGCUCAGCAAUUGGAAUCUUAAAUUCUGCUUCUUCCAGCAGAGAACGAACUAGACCCAUCCGCGGAUAGUCCACAUGGUACUUUGAAAGUUGGUUACAGAAGAUGUUAUGUGAGUCUGUAGAGAACUGCUUUACAUCUUUUCUUCCCAAAGUAUUUCUCUACCUAACCAUCUCUCUAACUUCUAGGACAGAUGUCUUGCACAUUUUCAAAGAAGUAUUUCUGCUUCCUGAAGGUGAUAACACAGAUGUUGCUGCCAUCCCAACCCUCACCUUUAUCUUAAAUCUAAAUUAUCCUAGUCUGGUUUUUUCCUAAGCUGCUUUUAACAUGUGGUUUUUACAAUUAAGGAUUGAUUGCCAUUUAAUUUAUAUCUCAAGGUUAAGGGGAUAUAUUCUUAGGAUUAUCCUUCCAUUCUUGACGGAGGCAUAGUGAUUACUAAUGAGGAAAAUCACAGAUGUGAAGGCAAUAAAGCAGAAAAACUUGUAAACACUGCUAGGGAUUACUGAGGCUCCAUCUAUGGCUUUGGCACAAUGGUGCUGUGGCAGCUUUGUGUCGUGACUAUGAGGAAAUCAUAUUUCUGUUCCAAGAACUGGAUUCUUGAGGGUUUGGUUUAUAAAACUGACCAGCUUUUAAAAAGAAAAGUUGAGUGGUUCCACUGCUCCACCAUCUCCUGCUCAUCAAAUAUGGCAUCUUUUCUGAGACUUCUUGGCACAGGAUUUUGUGGCACCUUUUACUUUGAUUUACAGGAAUAGAUCUUGGUGUGGAUUGUGUAUCACAGAUGUAUCCUGCUUGCUUGGACAUCUGGGCCAAGAGGACCAAACCAUAUAGUGCAUACCCUAAAACUGGUCUUUGAGCUGUCUGUAUGGUGCUGUUUGUACAUGGUUCUCCCAAUUUAAGUGCACGCAAGCUGCUGUUAAGAAAAUUGUAACUGUAGCUUUUUUUGUGUGGGUAUUUUGGAAGGGUUAGCUUAGAUCUGUAGGCUUAUUAAAGCUUUUCAUUUUAGUAUUGUAUCUUAAAAAUUUCAGGUGCCUAUCUGCUUUGGUAUUUGAAAUUUGCUUACCCAAUCAAACCUGUUAACUCUAGAUAUUUCUUAGCAAGCAACACUACGAUUACAGAUUUUAGUUUCUACCUUUUAGACUUGUUAAGGGAGUAUGUGAUUUAGUUAGGGAACCUUGCUAUUUUGGAACAGCAGUGAAGAUUUGGUGAAGGGAGAAGACAGGAACUUGGCUAAGACAGAUGCUACCGGGAGGGAUCCCACUGUCCCGUGAAGAUGAUGCAUAUACGCCUAAACUAAAGGUAUGGGAACCAUGCCAAACAACUUGAUAAAAUGAAAAUUAUUUAGAUAGUCCAAACAAAAGUCUUAAUUUGUGUAUGAAAUUACAUUUUGUCCUUAAAUAGGAUAUGCCUAAGAUUUUGGUCUGUUUGGCCACACCUGCUGUUGCUCAGCGGUUACUUUUGGUUCUGCACUCAGGAAUUACUCCUAGAGGUGCUUGGGGGAUGAUAUGGGAUGCUGGGGACCAAACUCAGGUUGGUUGAGUGCAAGGCCACUGUACUUUUCUCUCUGGCCCCAUUUGCCUAAGAUUUUCAUCUUCUGAGGUAUCACUUGUUUAUUGAGUACUAUGAAACAUUUGACACUUUUAAAUCCAUCCCUUGAGGUCUUUUUUGGUUCAUUCAUUUAUAGCUAUUCUGAAGCUAAUGUUUUCCUAAAGCAGUGACCCUUUCUUUUAGCAUAACUGACAAUCAGAAAUCCUCAUUUGCAUGCCACUUCCAUCUCCUGGGACUGCUUGUCCUGUGCUCUCCCUGGGGGAGCUGAUUCAUUUCUCUAGCUUGAGAUUCUAAGGAUUCUGAGCUCUUGUGAAUGAAGACUGGCCUAUUCCCACCCCUCCUCCCAAAAAAAGGUGUUACUUCACUUGUACAGCUUACAUUUCUAGUUGUUUCCCCUCUGGCUUAAAGACAUGUUUGCUGGCAUCUGAGUUUCAUCAUUCUCUGAGAACCCUAAACAUAAGCAAGACUCUUCUGUGACCUCUAGUGUGCAUUCUGCACCUAAAAGACUGUCCUCGUAGAACUAUUGCACUGGUUUGCUUACAGAUGUUCAGCUACAGGGCACAUUUUUCUGUUGUGUUACUUUGUGCACAACCCCUCUUCACACUGCUCACACACGAGAUAAGCAACAAAUUACCACCAGGAUAAGAAAUUUUUCUCCUAAGUAAAAAACUCCUUUUCGCUUUGCAAGCAUAUGAAUUUUGGACAAGCACAUGAAGUGUUUUAAGAGGUACCGCUUCCCUGCAGUCAUAAAGGAGUAAUGGGUCUACAAUCAGCACCCCCUUACAACCCUCAUUUUAAGGUGCUGAGUUGUAAUGCUCCUUCACUAUCAGUAUGGGCUUAAACCUGCAAGCCCUUGUCACUAUAUUGCACUAUUUUUCAAGAGGACCGAGUAUUUUUGUAUGUCUUUUCCGUCAUUUCAUCCAUUAGACUCCAGAGCUGUUCCUUGUAUAUAAUCCUCAAAUCAGAGCAUCCUUUGAAGAAUUACAUGUUUAUUCAUGGGCCGUUUUCCUUAUGUAUGUAGAUGCACCUAUUUUUUUCCUUGCAAAUCUCCUGCCUCCUUGUCUCUAAAAGAUGGGAGGUGGGGAAAAUAUUUUUAGCAUCUGUUUGAGAAGAUCUAUGCCAGGAUUUCCUUUGCACACCAAGAACUGGUGCUUGAAGCUCAUUUUUCCAAGCCAAGUUCUAGUGCCUUACACUCCAGAAUGUCAAGUGGUGGGUGUAGUGAGGCGGAGGAAGAGGAAACAGAAUACCUUCAUUUCAGUCUAGAGGUUCCCAACUCCCCACAGAGCCUGUUCUGCAGGGAAGAGAUGGUGUCGGGUAGAAGCUGCUGCAGCUAUCUCAGUUGAAAGAGUUUCUAGCAGCACAGUUAACACUUUACUCUGGUCAACUCUUGGAAUGUAUGAAAAUGCCACUGUAAUUACUGUCAAGUGCUACAAUUCAUUCUUUGCAUCUGAAAAUGUAUAGUUUGUCUCAGCCCUCUCUUGUCCUUGUAUAAAGUUAGCAUGUUGUCCUGAGGACACUGGAGGCACUUUAAGACCAUGGGAUCUAUUUUCCAGCGCCUUGGUGACCUCCUCUGACUCACAGGGUAACUGAGCAUUUCUGCCCUCUGUGAACAUGAUACUAACACUGUGCACUGUAUUUCUAUCAACCAGAUUUCAACGAAGGAUUUCUUUUUCAUGUUACUAGGUUUGUAAAUGAAUAAACAUUUUAACUGCUC